CUCCUGGUGAGUAGAGAUGCUCACCUCCUGCUGCUUUUAUUUUCACUGACAUUCCAACAGAAGAGAACUGCAGGUGGAUAAAUUAUUAAACAAUGCCUUCAUCCAUAAGGACGCUAUUGUUGCUGAUUUAUGUUUUAUGUGCGUUCAUCUCCGCGUGCUCUGGCGACACUGGAGACGCCAGACCCUGCUCUGGAUCACACUGCCCGGGGAGCAGAACUUCAAGGCCACCUCGGCAAUACAACCCGACAACACAGAGCAGAUCGAUAAAUCAGCAUGCUCACUCCCGCUUUCAUUCUGAACAUCACGCAGCGCUUCCAUCAUCGCACCGCGGGCGGUCUGGAGACCAGGCGAGAGAAACGCUGCAGACGCGCGUCGCUGAAGUCUUUGGCUCUGUCUGCGCCGAUUGCGUUACGCCUAAAAGAGCGGCUGAAGUUGUUAAUGACACCAGAGAAUGUAAAGGAAUUGAGUGUCGUCUGCCUCUUAGGAUACGACCGAAGCCCCGGCCGAGACCCUGUGCGGGAGACGGGUGUGUGCCCGGGACCAGCCAGCCUCCCCUCAUGCAUGUGGCAGACAGAGCCGCUCAGUUUCUGGGGGAAUUUCCGGACAUUGGAUAUCCUGCAUCGGAGCUCGGGGCUCCUUUGGGAGUACAGCUCACAUGUGACCUUAAACCAGGAGAGAAUGAGGUCCCUGCAGAGGAUGCACUUAUUCUACACCUACAGCUGACAAAGGGUCAAGAAAUGCUGGUGGAGACUUUGAGAGCUCAACAGGUGGUGAUCCGUGAUCUGCAGCAGAGACUGGUGGAACAGCAUGGUGCGCUCCUGUCCCAGCAGCGUGAGAUACUCGAUCAGCAGCGCCGCAUGUAUGAGCAGAUGGAUGUGGUGAAGGCUCAGUAUGGUCUGCUUUCCGAGACCGUCAAGCAGGUGUCCUUCCAAGGCCUGCAGGGAGAGCUGCAGAGCUAUUUUGAAAGCCAUCUUGCUGGACUUCAAAACCAGGCACGUAGCCACCUGCAAAAGUCUUACGCUGUGCAUAAGGUGGAUGCCAAAUUGAUGGAUGUAGUUGGUGAUGCUGGGCACCCAUUGCUAGGAUGCCAGAUUGCUUGUGGACCUGAACAAUACUGUGACUUCCAGAAGGAUCCACCACAGUGUGAGAGGUGCACCAUGUGUCCCCCUGGAUUCUUUCUUGUGUCACAGUGCUCCCCCACUGCUGAUAGGAUUUGCCAGGACAGGGAUGAAUGCCUGGAAUUACCAAGCCUGUGUGGAGAGCGAGUAAAAUGUCUCAAUACCCCAGGAGGGUUUCGUUGUCUGGGUGUGACUGAGAGGAAGAUUUCCACAGGGCUGUGUGGUCUUGAGUACUUUUACAAUCAGGAACUUCAGGAGUGCCAGGCUUGUUCAGACUGUGAUGGCGAACCUGUUGCCAUUCCGUGCACUGCCGCCAGUGAUGCUGUAUGUGGAACUCUGUCUGAUAAUAUGCUCUCGCAGUCUUGGGCUGCUUCGAUUGCUGUUCCGCCAACAAAAUCAAAGAGUACGUCCAUCUACCCAGGUAUACAGCUCAAUAUCCUUGGCAAAGAAGGGAGCAGCUUGCUGACCAACCAUGAUGGUUACCUCAACUUCCAACAACAUGGGUUGCUCAUGAUAGACCUCAACUUUGCUCUGAAGCACAGCUGCAGGAACUUUCUCCAGGUUGAAAUGCGGCUCAAUGGCAGUGAAGAGGAGGGUCGUGACCUGAGCGGUGUUCGAAUAGAGCAACCUGAGAGGAAGUUCUUUCAGGGUGUGACUGUUAGUGCUGCAUUUGAGGUGGAGCCCAAUCAUACUCUGGCAAUUGCUCUGAAGAGUCCCAACCAACACUGCAACCAGAGUAAAGAUCUACAAGUAUAUGAUUUUGGAGGGUCUUCCUUCAGCUUGCUCUGGCUGUCCCAUGACACCGGUGCUGUGGCCAUGACAGCUCAGAUGUCCACAGUAGCCCACUACCAAAGUAACUAUCGCCCGACCUUCCGUUUGGCCACUGUCUCUGACCCCUACAUAGUGGCACUGACCCAUGACAGCCGUGGGGUGCGUUUCAUGGAGAACGGUGUGGUGAAGUUUGUGCUCCAGCAGGCCAUCUAUUCCAUGGGCCACAUCUGCGUUCGAGAGGGUUUCUCUCUGAUUGCCUACAUCAACCGAAACGGCACCAACCAAGAGGUGAUGCGUUCCUUCAAGUCUGGUGUUAACUACAGGGACACUUCCAUCACCCUUUCUGGGUCCACAAGUGUAGACAAUGGAGACUGGCUCAAUUUUGAGAUUGUCGCCCCAUCUCAGUGUAAUGUCCGCUACUUUGGCGAUAGUUCUGGGAUUAGUAUGCUGAGUUUGAUUUGGAUCCCUACCACUGUCUCCUCUACUCUCAUGGCCACUGUUUCCAGGACAGGUCUACCCUCUGGGGCUGUAAAGAAUAAACCCUUGCUCUUCAGGCAGAUGAGUCCAAAUGCAGACCAGAUGCGGCUUGCUGGUUUAAGUGAGCCACAUGCCCAGAGGAACUUUGUGUUUUCUGAGGCUGGGAUGGCUAGUGUGGCCCUCAACCUAAAGCUGAUACACUCCUGUAAUGUGGUGAAGUUGACCCUUUACCGACAAGGUAAGGAGGGAGGUCAUACUCUUGCCCAACAGGUGAGUGGACAUAUGCCUGAAGGAAGUGAGUGGGCUAGCGUGGGGCUGAGAACAUCCUUUGGUGUCCAGAAUGGCACUGCUAUCUAUGUUUCUCUGGACUGCAUUCGUGGGCGAAUCAAUCAGAUCACCCAUGAGGGCGGCACCAACAUCUCCAUUCUCUGGGUGGCUUUAUGAUCCCAAAUAUAUAGGGGCAAUCUAACGUAUAAGGUUUUGUAAUGAACAGAUACAGACUGCUUUAGAAGAAUUAGUGCUUCCACAAGGUUCAGUCACACAAAGGAGAAUACAUUUUCCAGGCUUAGUACUGAUCAACUUGGUUUCUUUUAUAAUGGCUGAAAUUCACAAGUGCUAUUAAUAAUCUUCUGGUGCUCAGAUUCUGUGUUUAUGGAAUUAUAUGAAGGGGUGGGGGCUGUCGUAUAUCGUGUUGUAACAAUCUAGUUAUAGAAACAGAAAUACAUGUAAUUUUUCUUGGCUGUAACAAUGAACUGAUAUUUAAAAAGUACUUUUUAAGGACUUUGGCUGGUUGAGCAGCGACCAAUUUUUCCCAAGGGAGGGAAUGUUUUCUAUAUCUCUAUACUUUGGAAACAAUUCAAAUGUGUGUAAACAGUAUUUACAUAUGUGUGUGUGUGUGUGUGUGUGUAUGUGUGUGUGUGUGCGUGUGUGCGCGCACGCAUGUGAGUGUGUGUGUUUUUUAGAGUGAAAGAUUGAGUGAGUAUAUUAGUUUUUCUCUGUGUAUUGGCGUGCUGAUGUAGUUUUUUCCCCCUGCACUUUAUCACACUGAAGUGCAGAACAUUGUACAGUGAAUAAUUAAGUUCAUCUUAUUAAAACAACUGGGAUGAAAGAUAGAAGGUACAUGAUUGAAUUGCAAUUUUGUUUAAUACUUUAUUAUAGCAAUCAAAUAAUUAAAUCCUUAUGCAGCUUUCAGGUUAUAAAUAUUUAUAUUUAGUACCAUUAUGAAUGAAUACUGCUGACCAUAAUGUACUCUCAAUUAAAUGUUUAUGGAAAAAUGCAUAGACCACAUAAGACAUGACAUUUAUCCAUUUGUGGUAAGCUGUCUUAAUGCAGCUUAAUGUCUAUGAAGUGUGGCAUAUGUCUUUUAUUACUCUGAAUACUGUUGCCAUGUGAAAAUGCUGCCUUUGCAUACCAUGUUUAAUUGAUUCUGUAUGUGCUUGAACUACAAAUUACAAACAGUGAAGAGAACAAACAUAUGGCAGCAUUAAUGUCAUUCACAAUCCUCUGCUAUGUACUUUUGAUACAAUAAAUGGUCAUUCACUUACCCAAGUACUGUUGAAAUAAUACAGUGUAAUAUUUUAUUAAAUCAUAA